CUCCCGCGUGUGCCGGAGUGGGGCGCGCGGGGACGUGGACGUGGACGGGGAGAGUGUGUGUGUCGCGCGCGGCCGAUCCGGGUGUUUUUUUUUUAAAGAUUGUUUUCCGCUCCCGGUGCAAAGCCUUUCCCCGGGUUUGGCGGCGGCGGCGGCGGAGAGCCUGAGCGCGGGCCUCGGGCACGGUCUCGGAGCCGGAGCCGCCUGUGUCCCGGACUCGGAGUAGACGGUUCCCCUGGCUCCGAGCUCCCUGCCUCCCCGCCCGCUCCCUGCCCGCGCUCUGCUCCCCCUCACCCGGACCGCACCAUGGCGGCGGAGGCGGGGGCUACCAGCGGCUUCGGUCCAGGACCCGCUCCCGGACCCGGCCCCGGCGCCGAGCGGAUGCUCCGGGGGCUGAAGCGGGACGAGUCCGGAGACCCGGCGGCGGCUGAGGCCAAGAGGCAGCGGCUGGAACCGAACCUGAACCCGGGGGAGAACGGGAUGAGCAGCGAGGCCGCGGCUCAGAGUGACGUUUUGACCCAGGGAUACCGACCUUAUAUGAAGAGUCAGGAUUCAACAUUGGAGUUCAAAGAUUGUGCAGAGCGGACUGACCUGAUGGGUAGCCAGGAGCCAGCAGCCACCCCAGAUGCUAUGGUACAGCCGUACGCUACAGUUCCAUUCCCUCCCCCUCCUCCACCACCUCCUCAGAAUGGAAUUCCAACAGAAUACACAGUUCCACACACUCAGGACUACACAGGCCAGACGCCAGUCCCAGACCACACUCUGAAUAUCUACGCAUCCAAUCAGACUCUUGGGGAACAGAGUGGCACAGUUGCCAAUGUGCAGCCUGUAUCUGGAACCGCCACACAAACAGAUGAAGCAGCACAGACAGAUGGGCAACAGCAAACACAGAGUACAGAGAGUAGUGAGAGCAAGCCCAUCCCUAAACGGCUCCACGUUUCCAACAUUCCCUUCCGGUUCCGUGAUCCUGAUCUCAGGCAAAUGUUUGGGCAAUUUGGUAAAAUCAUAGAUGUAGAAAUUAUAUUUAAUGAGCGUGGCUCAAAGGGAUUCGGGUUCGUAACUUUCGAAUCUAGUGCUGAUGCCGACAGGGCGAGGGAGAAAUUACACGGCACGGUGGUUGAGGGCCGUAAAAUAGAGGUAAACAAUGCCACAGCUCGUGUGAUGACUAAUAAGAAGAUGGUCAGCCCUUAUGCAAAUGGCUGGAAGCUGAGCCCUGUAGUUGGUGCUGUUUACAGCCCCGAAUUUUAUGCAGGUCCUGCGUCAUUAUCAUCGUUACCUUUUCACCUACAUCCUGUUGCCUCUACAGCACUCAGCCCAACACACAAUGUUCCUGGUUUCCCAUAUCAAGCAGCCACCACAGCAGCUGCAUUGAGAGGUGCCCUGAGAGGACGAGGUCGUGCAGUCUACAGUGCAUUCCGUGCAGCAGCGCCCCCUACCGCCAUUCCGGCCUAUGGAGGAAUAGUGUAUCAGGAACCAGUGUAUAGCAGUAAGUUACCGCAGGGUGGAUAUGCAGCCUACAGGUAUGCACAGCCAGCAACUGCUACGGCCACUGCAUACAGUGACAGCUAUGGGCGUGUUUACACUGCGGAUCCCUAUCACACACUCGCUCCUGCUCCCACCUAUGGAGUUAGCGCUGUGGCUAGUUUAUACCGAGGUGGAUACAGCCGUUUCGCUCCCUACUGAAAGUGAUGUGAACUCCUGCAAUGGGAACAGUCCCUUCCCAAGGCCUGGGUGUUGCAAUAUUACAAGUAGUGGAACUUUAUAGCAACUCAACAUGAAAAAAAAUACACGAGAAAGCGAGGAAAUCAUUACACAAGAGAGAGAGACCUAAUUUUUUAUACCUCAUUAUGUUCUUCUAAACAUGUAUUUUUUUUCCUUAUGUUUCUGCCUUCAUUUUUUUUUGUUCCAAAGAUUGUGCAAACAGUUUUUAACUGUGGUAUAAAAGUGCAUUUCUUUGUGUGUGUAGUGACAUUUAUGAAAUCAGCUUCAUCCGACAAAAGAGAAUCAGAAGAAACUAAAAAUAUUAGUCACAAAACAAAGUCAGUGAAAGCCAACAGUGAAAUUAGGUGCCGAUUGGAAGCUGGUCCCAGGUACUGCAUUGUGUAGAACAGCAGCAACAAAGGAUUGUACUUACUGAGACUCCCAGAGCCCUGGGUUGAUGUGGAAUUUCACGACUGAAGAUGGGUCAGUGUAGAAUGGAGGGAGGGAAAGGGAUGGAAAUGACCCAUGUACAAGUUGAUGGAACCAGUUUGUGCUGCAUUUUGUUCUCGGAGGGAGAACAGCAGCUUCCAACAGUUCACCAUUUCCAGAUUUGGUCAGUCAGCUAAAUGGUGUCUAUUUGCACCUGUCUAAACAACAGCAAGAGCCAAAAAAAACUACAAUCAAACUCAGUGAAUGCAUCUUUAUCUUGUUUUUUUUAAAAUAAGCUCCAGAAGCUGGCCACCCCAAUAAUGUACAUUUAUCUGAGUACAUUUGUUUUUAAAAUUAUUGAUUUAAAUUCAUUAGGAUCCCAGGAAAUUUACCUAGCACAUCCAAAUGCAGGUAGUAACCAUCCUGGUGCAAAUGGGAUUGCUAUUGUACUUAAGCUUCAGUUAGCACAGUAAGAGAUACAGUCCAAAGGUGUUGGCACUAAAUGCUUGCAUGUUUUAAUUGCAUCAGUCCAGCAUUAGCAUACAUAUAUAUCCAAUUUGUUUGUAUCCCUAUGUUUUUUAAUGUAGCCUAGGAUGUGCUCUGAUUGACACCCUUGCAUUCAGCAGACUUGCAAUUUGAAAACUGGUGACUUUUUAAUUCAACCAUUUUAUUGCCCUUAACCAUUAGUGCAGAUUUAGGUUGCUUUUUAUUUGCAGCCUUCAUUUCACUUACCUUGGCAGGUAACAAAAUCAGCAAUGGAGAUGCUGCACAGAAAAUGGUUGCCUGGCAAUAGAGAAAGAUGGGCCUAGCCCUGAUAUAAUCAGGUGUAAAAGAAGAAGGGUGUGUACUGAAGGAAAUGAGAAAGGGAGUGGUUGUUUAGUCAAAACAUUGUAUUCAAAAAAUGUAAAUUGAGGACAGUCACCCAGUUUUACCUUGUAAGAAAGCAAGAAUUUCACACUAUUUUGGCAAACAUUUUAGAGGCAUUCAUGAUGCCAUUUCAGAUGUUGAUUUGUGUUUUUUUAAGUUCAAGUUGAGCUGGUAUGUGAGUUAAAAUCAUUUGUUGAGGCUGUAGCUAAUAGCUUAUUGUGCGGGCUCAGGACUGGCCCAGACCUUUCUAUUCUGCACCAGUGUUCCUGGGCCGCUGGUUUAUGUUUUCAAACCCCGUUUAUAUCCUGCACUGGGAGACGUGGAUUGAAAGAGAAGUGCACUUUCAUGUUUAGGACAAGUGCAGUUGCUGCCAGAGCUUCUGAUCAUGCAGUAUCCAGUAAAAGGUGAUGUGUACUGCACCGGCUUAGUAAGCUGUUUAAAAAAAAGGGACACUAGUCAUAGACACCACACUGCCGCCCUUAAAUUAUGAUGUUGUUUUGCAAGCCAAAGCGUGGUUUGUCGCUGUAUGACAAUUAUGUUUUUUGUAUAUAAAAUAUUUUAGUUGUCAUUGUAAUGGGGAAACAUUCACAGAAACGUCUCAUCACAAAGGAAGGAAUUUAAAAUGGAAACUUGGUGUAGCACUUGAUGGCAUCUCUUGGUAGUGCUCCUGUUAGUAUAGUCUCGCAUGUAAAAUGUUAUUAUAGAGGAAGGAAAACAUAGCCACAGGCAGCUUGUAUUAGUGUGAGGUGUUGUUUGGUGUCACACCAGGUUUGAUAAUCACUUUCAUUCCUAUGACUACAAAUCACAUUCUUUUACAUAGAUUCACUUUUAUAUUAUACCAGCAGAGGUUUUAGUAAUUUAGCACUACAGCUGCACUCAACUCUACAACUGCCAAAUAAUCUAUUGGUCAUGUUCUUGCAGCAAUUAUUCUCUUUACUUGAUUUUUAUUUUUUGCUUUUUAAGAGCCUCAUAACAGCUGUAGAACAGUCAGAAUCUUUGGAGGGAACAAUUUCAGGUUAGAACUUUUUUUGGAUAAAAUUUGUCUUGCUUCAGUCAGCAGCUCACUGUGUGGGUAAAUGUCCAACAACGCUGUCCAUCAGGUCAGCUUCUAUGGGACUGACGAAUUUAUUUUGUUUGAUUUGUGUUUGUGUGAGAGUGUGUGGUGUACAUUCGGACAGUACCCAUGUGCAGCUUGUGGCUGUAUCCCGACUGGAAUAGGAAACUCACUCUUGGGUAUUAGUGACUAGGCGACAUUACCACAAUGGCACUGCUGAUCCUUGUAUCAUUUGAAUUUCCAGCCUUUUGAAACACCAUUUAUUUCUUUCCAUUUAAUUGUAAAGCCAUCCCUCUACACAAUCACCUUCCCAGCUUCCCUGUACUUCCUCCAAACAAAAACAAGAGAAAUUGUCAACUUCCAUUACACAGAGUUUUGUUUACGAUCAGUCAGGGAGACGAUCUGACUGCCGAAGCUUGUAGAGGAAAGGAGCAAUAAGAUGGGAGAGUUGGAAUUUAUUCUGUGAUGCAAAGCUUUGGAAAGGGAAUAAAAUAGGAGAAAACACUAAAAAGCAUUGAAAAAAUGUGCACAGGUGGUAUUGAAUCCUCCUAGAGAACUAGCAUCAACACUGUCCUGACCCUGAUCCACUUUGUUUUGUGAACGUUUCCCUGGAAGGUAUGAUAUAUCGUAUAGUAGCUUCAUCACCAAGCAGUAUUCAUUGGGUUAUAAUUAGAUAUAAUCAUGAAUGUUAAGUAGAUAGGACAUGGACUAUUAUUCCUUUUGUAUUACUUCCCACGUAUAAAUUAUUGAUCUUGUUGCUGGCUUUUAUAAACUUGAAGGAAGGGGAAUCCCUUCCUAACGGUAAUAAAGCACUGUUUCUAAAAUAAAACAAAAAUGGUGAGAACACA